AUGCCGAAGGAGAAAACCAAGUCCUCUACCUUUCCUCGUUUCCUUCUCCCUUCAUUUCCUAACAAACAAGAUGUGGGGUCAUCCCCGAGCCCCUCCGACCCCACCAAGUACCUAGAUGGUCAUGUCUCUUAUCUCCAGUGCACAGGAUGUGCUGCACAGCUCUGUUUGACACUGCAAAUCAUCAGUAAAGGCUUUACAGGGCGCCAUGGCCGUGCCUAUCUUGUUUCUGCCGAGUCAGCCGCUGCUGUAUCAGUCAGUGCAUCCUCAUCGCCGACUGCUUCCCUUCCAAAUACCGUUUUACACCAUCCGGUUCCACGACAGCUAGUGACAGGAGCCCAUACAGUCAGCGAUGUCAGCUGUGCAUUCUGCGGUAGCGUGCUGGGCUGGAAGUAUGUGGCUGCAGAGGAGGAAUCCCAGCGCUAUAAAGUGGGCAAGUUCAUUCUAGAGACCAAGCGCAUCACCACGUCAUCGUGUUGGGAGUCUCCACCAAGCCUGAAUCUGUCCGUUGAGAAAUUUCGGGGAAGUUCGGAUGGCCCACAACCCUUGGAGCUUGAGUUUGAUAGCCAGGAUGAAGAUGAAUGUGAAGACCUCUUUGCAGGCAUCUGGAGUCCAGGCCUAGCUACCCGUCGCAGAAGUCGUAAAAUUGAUCGGCGGCCCGCGAUGUUUGGACUGUCAUAA